AUGGAGCACCGCAAGACACGGGCUUCCGACACUGGACACCAAGUUGGGCGCUUCACUACCAUUGAGGGCUGGCGAGAUAUCAGCAACGGCGUCUAUCUGUUCAGGAAUGCGGUCGUUCGGCUGGUAGCGGUCAAUCCGGUGUUCGAGGUGGAUGUCGAAUGCAAGAACGAAAAACAGUCGAUGCUGGCCCAAACCAGAAAUACACACUCCAGCGGGAGGAUAUCGGACGAGGGUAUCGCAAAUAUGCGGGAUUCAUCUGACGACUCUUUUGCGCUGCGAUCCGAGUACGAUAGCAAUGCCGAUAUCUCAAGAAUAGGAACAGAGCCCUCGGAGGAAUAUGACAUACCGGACGAUCCUUACCACGUCUUUUGCAAGAGGCAGAAGUGGUUUGUCAUCGUUAUCAUUGGUGUUGCUGGACUGUUUUCUGGGCUUUCGUCCAACAUUUACUUCCCAGCACUGGAUGCUAUAUCGAAGGACUUGAACAUCAGCGCCAGAGAGGUCUCGCUCACAAUCACCUCGUACCUCGUCGUGCAAGGGAUUUCGCCGCUCUUCUGGGGCUCGCUUUCAGAUGUACUAGGCCGGAGGCCCAUUUACAUCGCGUCCUUUACCGUUUAUAUCAUCGCCAACGUCGUGUUGAGCUCUUCUCCCAACUUUGCUGUGCUGUUGAUCUUUCGAGGCCUUCAGGCGGCUGGGAGUGCUUCUACUGUUAGCAUCGGAAACGGUGUCAUCCAGGACAUUUCUCCACCUUCCGAGAGAGGUGCUUUCAUUUGCGUUUAUCAAGCGAUUCGAAACUUUAGUAUCGCUGUCGGGCCCGUGUUAGGAGGUGUCAUCGCAGACCGUUUCGGUUUUCGAGCGAUAUUCGUCUUCUUAUUAAUCAUCUCGUCCAUUACCGUGUUGUUCGUUAUCGGCUUUCUCCCGGAAACGAUGAGAAGCAUCGUGGGCAACGGUUCAACAAGGCCCGUCGGGAUCUACCGCCCUAUGGUCUACGGUGUCCGCCGGGAACCGUUUUACUGGCGAGAAUCCAGUCAACCGACGGCCACGAGAAGAAUCAAACCUGAUGUCUUCGUGGAGCCUCUGAAGCUCCUGAGGAGAAAGGACAUUGCGAUCAACCUGCUGUUGAGCGGCGUAGUCUACGCCGUAUGGAGCAUGGUCACGUCCAGCACUACCGGGCUGUUCAAGGCCACUUUCAACCUGAAUGAGACCCUCCUCGGUCUUGCCUUCUUGCCAAAUGGUAUCGGCACAAUCGUCGGAUCAACCAUCAUCGGAAGGUACAUGACACGCGACUACGCCUCCGCCGAGCAAGCGUACAAGGCCGUUCACGGCCUACCCCCGACUCACUCCUUAUCAGCAAGGGACCUCCCUCCAGGUUUCCCCAUCGAGCACGCCCGGCAGCGGCGGCUGCCCCUCGCCAUCGCGCUCUUCAGCGCCGCCAUAGCCGCCUACGGCUUCACCUUCGCCCUGCCGCAGCAGCAGCUCGCGCGCUACCUGCCCGUGCACCCGAUCGCCCUGCCGCUGGCGCUGCAGUUCGUCGUCGCGGCGGCGAGCAGCGCCGUCUUCGCCAUGAACCAGGCGCUCGUGUCGGACCUGAGCCCCGGGCGGGGCGCCGGCAGCACGGCCGUGAACAACCUCGUGCGGUGCGGGCUGGGCGCCGUGGGCGUCGCCGGCGUGGAGAGCAUGAUCGCGGCGCUGGGGCCCGCGGCGACGUUCCUCGCCCUGGCGAUGGUGACGGUGUGCCUCUCGCCGCUUGUGGCUGUCAGUCGGGUCCGGGGGCCGGAGUGGAGGAUGCAGCAGGGGCAGGGCAAGGGGCUGCGUGAGAAAGUUUGA